GUCGUGUCUCGGCCCUUCGCUUCGCAUCGUCUGUCGAGUCCCUUUGUCUUCUCCCUUCGAUUUCUCGAUAGGGAGAGGAGGGAGAGCGGAAUAGUGGUCGGUUCUUUGUCGCCGAGAUCUGCGCCCUGCUGCCGGAAACUCCAACCAAGAUCUCUUUUUGGGAAAUAGAGGAAGCUAUAAACCAUGAAGGCGCUCAUUCUUGUCGGAGGAUUUGGCACUCGCCUCCGACCUUUGACUCUCAGUUUCCCAAAGCCGCUUGUAGAUUUUGCUAACAAACCGAUGAUCCUCCAUCAGAUUGAAGCUCUGAAGGAUGUUGGAGUGACUGAAGUCAUUUUGGCCAUUAAUUAUCGUCCGGAGGUUAUGAUUAAUUUCUUGAAGGAUUUUGAGGAUAAGCUUGGAAUUAAAAUUACCUGCUCGCAAGAGACUGAACCACUAGGAACGGCUGGUCCCCUGGCUUUAGCCAGAGACAAGCUAGUGGAUGGUUCCGGGGAGCCCUUCUUUGUCCUUAACAGUGAUGUCAUAAGUGAAUACCCAUUUGCUGAACUAAUUCAGUUCCACAAAUCCCAUGGUGGGGAGGCGACGAUAAUGGUGACCAAGGUCGACGAGCCAUCAAAAUAUGGUGUUGUUGUUAUGGAUGAAGAAACCGGAAGGGUUGAUAGAUUCGUGGAGAAGCCAAAAAUAUUUGUAGGCAACAAGAUCAAUGCUGGGAUUUACUUGUUGAAUCCAUCUGUCUUAGACCAUAUUGAGCUGAGACCAACCUCGAUCGAGAAGGAAGUCUUCCCAAAAAUUUCUGCAGGCCAGAAGCUCUAUGCCAUGGUCCUACCAGGUUUCUGGAUGGAUGUUGGACAGCCAAAGGACUACAUUACGGGACUGCGGCUCUAUUUGGACUCUCUAAGGAAGAAAGCACCAUCUAGGUUAGCUGCUGGCCCACAUAUCGUUGGGAACGUAUUGGUGCAUGAGAAUGCCGUGAUAGGGGAAGGAUGCCUCAUUGGACCAGAUGUUGCCAUUGGUCCUGGCUGUGUGAUCGAGUCUGGAGUUAGGCUGUCAAGGUGCACGGUGAUGCGGGGAGUUCGCAUCAAGAAGCACUCAUGCGUCUCCAGCAGUAUCAUUGGGUGGCACUCCACGGUGGGGCAGUGGGCACGUAUCGAAAAUAUGACCAUCCUUGGGGAAGAUGUGCAUGUUUCCGAUGAGGUAUACAGCAACGGAGGCGUUGUUCUCCCACAUAAAGAGAUUAAAUCAAGCAUAUUGAAGCCUGAGAUAGUCAUGUGAGAAGAAUAAAUUGCACUGGAGGAUGGUUUGUCACAGCCAUGGAUGUUGCGUGUGCCUGUUUUUAUUUCCUAGUCCCUGCAAGUGUAGUAGCCAUUAGCUUUGCGUCAGGCUGCUAGUUUAUCGGUGCUUCUUCUUUUCGGUGUUAUACCUGUAGAUACAAGCUUGUCUCCGGUACAAGACAAACUUUGUAAUUUUCUGUAAGCUUGUUGGAUGCGUCUUUUUCGUUUUUCUUGCUCAUUCAGCUCUACUUUUGUAAUGAACCAUGCAAAGGAUAACGAUAAAGCUAUUUUCUGUCAUAAGCUAUCUAUCAAAUCGGUUGUUGUGGCAA